UUCACAUUUCCCAUACGAAAAAAAUCUCUCUUUCUCUCACUCACUCACUCACUAGUCACUCCCUCCCUCAAACACAGUGCACGUUACUUCAUGGGGCUCUUGAUGAUGGCCACACUUGUUCUUGCAAUUACAUUAAUGAUCUCCCUCCUCAUCAAGCUUAUGCAUCAAAGAAGAGACCAUGGAAGCAGCUGCUACAUACUCCACUACGAGUGUUUCAAGCCCUCCGACGAUAGAAAGAUCGACACAGAGUUUUCCGGCAACAUUGUAAUGCGAAACAAGAACCUGGGCAUCGACGAAUACAGGUUCUUAUUACGAGCCAUCGUCAGCUCCGGUAUCGGCGAAGAGACUUACGCACCAAGAAACGUCAUCUUGGGCAAAGAAGAAUCUCCUACUCUCCUCGAUGGAAUCUCCGAGUUAGAAGAAUUCUUCUACGACACCCUCGACAAACUCUUCCACCGGACGGGAGUUUCACCGCCGGAGAUCGAUGUUCUCGUCGUGAAUAUAUCAAUGCUUUCGUCGGAACCCUCUUUGGCAUCAAGGAUAAUCAACCGAUACAAGAUGAGAGAAGACAUUAAAGUAUUUAAUCUCUCAGGGAUGGGUUGUAGUGCAAGCCUCAUCUCCAUUGAUAUCGUCAAGAACAUCUUCAAGUCUCACAAGAAAGCGUUUGCUGUUGUGGUCACGUCGGAGUCAAUCGGUCCGAACUGGUAUUCCGGCAACGAUAAGUCUAUGAUCUUAGCCAAUUGUCUUUUCCGGUCAGGAGGGUGCUCAAUACUGUUAACAAACAACCCUACUCUCCGGACCCGGUCCAUGUUCCGGCUCAAGUGUCUUGUGCGAACCCACCUAGGAGCUAGUGAUGAAGCCUGCGAGUGUGCGGUUCAGAAGGAAGACGAGUUAGGGCGACCCGGGUUUCACCUCAGCAAGAAUUUGCCUAGGGCUGCCACAAAAGCCUUCUUCGAGAAUCUCAGAGAGUUAGCCCCCAAGAUUCUGCCCCUGAAGGAGCUGGUCAGGUACUUCAUUGUGUCAGGGUCUGGGUCUGGAUCUGGGUCGGGCAAGGAUAGAGGAGGAAACAAUAGAACCGGUCCGACCGUGAGAUUCAAGACUGGGGUUGACCAUUUCUGUCUCCACACCGGUGGGAAAGCGGUUAUCGAAGGCGUCGGGAAGAGCUUAGGGCUGACGGAGUAUGAUUUGGAGCCGGCGAGGAUGACGCUUCAUCGGUUCGGGAACACGUCGGCGAGUAGCCUUUGGUAUGUACUGGGCUGCAUGGAAGCUAAGAGGAGGCUGAAGAAAGGUGACAAGGUUCUGAUGAUAAGCUUUGGUGCAGGUUUCAAGUGUAAUAGCUGUGUGUGGGAGGUAAUGAGAGAUUUGGAAGAUGGAAAUGUGUGGAGAGACUGUAUUGAUAGGUAUCCUCCAAAAACCCUAGUAAACCCUUUCAUGGAGAAGUUUGGUUGGGUCAUGGACCAGAACCCUAAAAACCCUAUUUAGGGUUAUACAUUGUUGUUACUAUAUAUUUCUUGAUUAAUGUUGCUGGCGUUUAACCUAAGUAUUUACUAGUUAAGAUGUAAACAUAGAAACAGAAUAAGAGGACACAACAUUGAAUGAAUUAGAGGCAGAUUAAUUACUAUUAUUGGAAAAGAAAUCAAGCAUUUAUAUC